UUCAAUUUAGUUGGAAAUCAUAUGCUUCCCCCUAACCUCUCCUGCUUUCUUUCUCUUCACAAGAACACACACCCACCACUCUUUCUCUCUCUCUCUCUCUCUCUCUCUCUCUCUCUCUCUCUUAAGAGUAUGAGGAAACCUUGUUGCGACAAGCAAAAGACCAACAAAGGUGCCUGGUCCGAGCAAGAAGACCAGAAGCUCAUAGACUAUGUCCGAAAUCACGGCGAGGGUAACUGGAAUUCCCUACCAAGAGCUGCAGGUUUGCUUCGUUGUGGAAAAAGUUGUAGGCUCAGAUGGCUGAACUAUCUGAGGCCCGACCUCAAAAGAGGGAACUUCGGUGAGGACGAAGAUGACCUCAUCAUCAAGCUCCAUGCUCUUCUAGGAAACAGGUGGUCUCUCAUCGCCGGAAGAUUGCCGGGAAGGACGGAUAAUGAAGUGAAGAACUAUUGGAACUCUCAUCUCCGGCGAAAGCUACUGAACAAAGGCAUCAUCCUCCGCCGACCGUCAGCAGCAAAUACCAAAUCCUCGACCGAUGAUAAGGCGGUUCAAUGCUCGAGCGCAGCGAUCUCUGUCGAAGAAGAACAUGCGUCACCGGACGAUGAUCCUUUGAACCUCAACCUCGGGGCAUCCGGCCGUCCGGCAAAGCGCGCGAAGCAUGGUCAAAACAAGGCGGUUAAUGGGCGGAAACCGCAUACGACGCUACUAUUGUUUAAAUGAUGGCUUUGCAUAGGCUUCAUGACCUGAGAUAUGGGUUGAGGUUUUAGUGUGCUUCCCUUAUCUACAAGUUUGACCCAACAUGUGUGUAAGUUAUUUGCAUGCUUCCUCCUUCCACAAAUAUUGCAGAGGAUGGAGCUAGAGCAUGUGGGAUCUUAGAGGCAAUAUUAUUGUAAUGGCUGUGUGUUUGAUGUGAAUCUCGAAUUCCAAGUUUGCAAGGAAAUUCUUGUGCUG